AUGGAUCCUGCAGACGACUAUGUGCCGGCCAUCGACGAUCUGAAACCAGAGACUUUCCACGUUGACAACCUUGGUGCCGCGGAGGGCUUGGACGAUUCAAUCGAGACGACAAAUCCUGGCAAGGCAGUAUGGCUGAUUGCGUGCACGGUGUCCAUGGGCGGGUUUCUCUUUGGGUACGACACGGGUGUAAUAUCCGCCGUCCUCGUCAGCCUUGGGACCGACCUCGGCCAGGCUCUGUCCUCUAACGACCAGGAACUUGUCACCUCCAUAACUUCAGGGGGUGCAUUGAUCGGCGCCGUUCUGGCUGGUAUGACUUCAGACAAGUAUGGACGGAAACUGGCUAUCUAUAUUGGCUGUGCGGUAUUCUUCGUGGGAACAGCCUUGCAAGCCACGGCGUUCUCGCUGGCCCAGAUGGUGGUUGGUCGCCUGGUGGUUGGUUUUGGAGUUGGUGAAGCGGCAAUGAUCGUUCCCCUGUAUAUCGGAGAGAUGGCACCUGCCAGAUUCCGUGGUCGACUGAUUGUGUUCGAUAACAUUUGUGUGACCUUUGGCCAGCUCAUUGCCUAUGCCCUCGGGGCCGCAUUCACUAACGUACAUCAGGGCUGGCGGUACACAAUUGCCAUUGGUGCUGUUCCUGCCAUUGCUCUGGCGGCUACAAUGCCCUUGUGCCCGGAAACGCCUCGCCAGCUGAUUUCUCAUGGUCGCGACGAUGAAGCCAAGAGAGUAAUCCGAAAGAUAUUUCCUCAUGCCACGGAACAACAAGUGGUUAACAAAAUCAAGGUGGUUCGGCAUUCUAUUGAAGAGGUUGCCGCUUCCGUAUCAGACAAGAGCCUAUGGUGGCAGAUGAAACAACUUUUCACUGUAGGCGCUAAUUUGCGCGCCCUGGCCACGGCCUGCUCUAUCAUGGCUGUAUCACAAUUAGGAGGAUUUAACACGCUGAUGUACUAUUCCGCCACAUUGUUCUCGCUAGUCGGCUUUAAUCAGGCCACAGCCGUCUCCAUCGUCGUUGGAGCGACGAAUUUUGUGUUUGGAUUCCCCAACUUCGCCUUCAUUGACCGCUUUGGAAGAAGAUCAAUGCUUCUCGUCACCGUGUUGGGAAUGUCCCUCUCCCUGGUGGUCGUUGCCAUCGCAUUCCAUUGGAUCCCUGUGAAUUCGGAUCUGAGCGUCACCGGACCGCACGAGAUGACCUGGGCGAGUAUUCUUCUCCUUGUCGCGCUGAUCGUGUACAUUGCUUUCUAUUCGGCUGGUGUCGCACCUAUUUCCUGGGUGGGCACUGAAUUUCUCCCCUUAGAAGUGCGUGCACUUGGCACAAUGCUGAAUACCGUGACCUGUUGGGGUUGUAAUAUCAUCAUCUCGUCGACGUUUCUGUCCAUGAUGAAGGCUAUGACCCCCAGCGGAGUUUUUGCAUUCUAUGCGGGUAUCUGCUUUCUCGGAUGGGUCUUCGUCAUCUUCUGCUAUGCGGAGGUGCACAAUAUGCCUCUGGAGUCGGUGCGGGAAAUCUACACCCACGGCUUCGGGGUUAGACACGCCAAGCGAUUGCAGAGGGAGCUCCGAGAGGCGAGAGCGAACGAGCAAAAGACGCUGGAUCCACCCCGGCUUCAAGCUUCGGCGGUAGGAAGUAGUCCUGGCGGCUCAGCACUUGAAUACUGUAGAAUUUCCUCAGCCAUCCUCUCAGAGGCCGAAUCGGAUGUGCAAACAGGCAGUGGUCCUAGCGCCGUGGCAACCGAAGACCAGAAAGGCCAACAUACCUCAACAACAAUGGCCCAUUCACCAUUCGCUAGAGAGCUUCAAGUGGCCUGUCUCGCCGUCCAGCGAGCCAGCAUAGUCACCAAGACCAUGCUGGCGGAGGCAGAUAAGGGAUCUACCGACAAGGCAGACGCGUCCCCAGUGACCAUAGCCGACUUUGCGUCACAGGCCAUUUUGAUUAGUGCGAUCCGCCAUAACUUCCCCAGCGACAAAUUUGUCGGGGAGGAAUCAGCAUCAGCCCUGCGGAAUGAUCCCGCACUAGCCGACCGAGUGUGGCAGCUGGUAUCCACAACCCAAUUGCAUGAUACCGAGAGCGAAGAGAUCGUCGCAGCCCCCUCGUCGCUAGAAGAGAUGCUAAGCAUCAUAGAUUUGGGCGGCAAUGGGGAAGGAGCCGGUCAUACGCGCACCUGGAUCUUGGAUCCUAUUGACGGGACAGCGUCGUUUAUUCAGGGCCGGCAGUAUGCUGUUUCCGUGGCGCUUGUCGACAAGGGCGAGCAGAAGGUCGGUGUGGUCGGAUAUCCCAAUCUGCACUUCCACAGCACCGUGGUCCACGAAGACACAGUUGAUCGGGAUGGAUACGGGAUCAUGCUGUCGGCAAUCCGGGGCCAGGGUACAUACAAGCGUCAGAUGAGCAAGGAGCGCCUGCAGCCCGCCGUGAAGGUGUACAACGUCCUGGCACGGACCGAUACCGGCCAGCCCGAUCUGGCAUUUGCAGAGAGCAUGGAGAGCCCCUACAUCGAUCAGCGGCUACACCAGGUUGUUCGCGAGAGACUGGGUGUCACCAGGCCCGUUACUGACCUAUGGUCCAUGCAAGCCAAGUAUGCAGCCCUGGUGGUGGGCGGGUGCAACGUGAUGGUCCGUAUCCCCCGAAGCCCCGAGUAUCGUGCCUAUGCGUGGGACCAUGCCGGCGGCAUGCUGGUGUAUGAGGAAUCCGGCGGCAUGAUCACCGAUCUGGACGGUCAGCCUUUCAACUAUGGGCGAGGCCGGACGCUGGCAGAUAACUUGGGUCUAGUUGCCACAUUCCCAGACAUUCACUCGACGGUGCUGGGACUUGCACGGGAGAUCAGAGGAAGAAGAGAAGAGGACGGAAUGAAAGACAACACGCAAUGA